AUGGCGGCCGAUGAGCCAGACUGGCGGCCCGCUGUCUCUGCGAGCGAUCGCUUCGAGAACAUACAAAGCAUCAAAAUCGCAUUGGAGGGAGCAAAUCCUAAGGUUGCAGCGACCGCACAAUCUGAGGCCUUUGCUCUCGAGAACCAAGCUUUCAGGGAUAGCGCCAGCCGGAAACAGUAUGAAGACGCGUGCCGCUUGGUUCGAGAUGUCUCACCCCCGCUAGCCGAGGCUGCGGACUCUGGCGAGGGCCAUCUAUCGGAGGUAGGAAUUGCCAUCGGGCCUUACGAGAACUGCAUGCCAGUUGCAGAAGGCGUGACGUCGGAGGUUUUCCGAUGUAAAGAUCGAGCCCUGAAGGUGAUUGUCGAAACGCGCAAUAUUGAGCCACACAACCCACAGCGCGAGGCCAAAAUUCUCGCCCUUCUCAAACGGCCAUGUAUCCCCUUACUCGAAACUUUCCGAGACCACGAGCAGCGCUUCGUUCUGGUUUUUCCAUACAUGCCACUCACUCUCGCCGAUGUGCUUGAACAAAAACUAUUGCCGGCGACCUGCAUUCGGAGCAUUUUCACAGAUGUGUUCACCGCCUUAAGGGACAUACACGCACAGGGCAUCAUUCACCGCGACAUCAAACCAGCGGCCAUUCUCCUACAGAAUCCGGAGGGACCAGCACUGCUCUCUGACUUUGGCACCGCAUGGCACCCGAACAUGUCGAUCAUAUCUGAGCCCGCAGAUAACAAGAUUCUCGACAUUGGCACGGGCUCAUACCGUGCUCCGGAGUGUCUCUUCGGCGACAAGUCUUACGGAACUGGUGUUGACAUUUGGGCCACGGGCACCAUGCUUGCUGAAGCCUGUCGCUAUCCACCCAUACCCCUUUUUGAGUCACGGCCAACACAUGAGGAUGGCAAUCAACUGGGUUUGAUCUUGAGCAUCUUCAAAACACUCGGAACGCCCACGAAAGAGACAUGGCCAGAGGCCGCUACAUAUAAGACGCCGCCUUUUGAGAUGUACAGAACGAUCGAGGGGAAGGCCUGGGAGGACAUCCUGCCGAACAUCGACCCUAGCAUCCGUGACUUAGUCGCCAGCAUGGUUCGAUUCGACUCGAGCAGGAUGACCGCUCAAGAGGUGCGUAUUCUCUUGUCAACUAUCAUUCGGCUCAUGAUCUAA